UCACACAAAACAUGGUUUCAAGUACAACUACACGACGAACAAGUUAAGCUCGACACCUUUGAAUCUCUGACUCUCUCUCUCUCUCUCUCUCUCUCUCUCACAUGCAAUAAAAUCCAGCUACAAACAUCACGGAAGCACAAUAAAAAUCAAGGAAAACCUUUUAAGGGAGAAGAAGAAGAAGAUGGGUAUUUUGUCGGAUGAUGUUGUGAUAAUCAGUCAAUCGGAGAAAGAAGGUGACCCGAGUGUUAUCACCAUCAAUUGUCCUGACAAAACUGGUCUUGGUUGUGAUCUCUGUCGUAUCCUCCUCUUCUUCGGCCUCAACAUUGUCAGAGGAGAUGUAUCGACUGAUGGGAAAUGGUGUUACUUGGUCUUCUGGGUGAUUGGCAAACCAAAUACGAGAUGGAAUUUGUUGAAGAUGAGACUUGUUGAGGCAAGCCCUUCUUUUUCUUGGGCCUUUGGUAUCUCAAGAUGUUACCUUUCUGAUUCUGAGUCUCAGCCUCCCAAGCUUCCUGAUCUUUUCCUAUUGAAGCUAGCUUGUUCUGACCGCACAGGGCUUCUAUAUGAUGUCACGGAGAUUCUUUACAAGCUUGAGAUUAACAUUGAGAAAGUUAAGAUAUCCACUACACCUGAUGGAAAGGUGAUGGACUUGUUCUUUGUCACUGACACUAGAGAACUUUUAGGGACAGUGAAGAGGCGGGACGAAGUUUAUGAGUACCUGAGAGACGCCAUAGGAGAAUCACUGAUCAGCUAUGAUAUUGAACUUGUUGGCCCAGAGAUCGCAGCUCGCUCGCAGGCUUCCUCAUCGGUUGCAGAAACAUUGUUCUCUUCAGAUGUGUCCGGAGAGCAGCUGAGUGGGUUACACACUUCAAGCAAUGUGUCUAUUGCAGUUGACAACUCGCUAAGCCUAGUUCACACCCUCAUUCAUAUCACUUGUCAAGAUCACAAAGGCCUUCUCUAUGAUAUUAUGAGGACCUUCAAGGAUUUCAACAUUCAGAUCUCAUAUGGGCGUUUUACAAUCAAAAGAGGAAGGAACUGUGAGAUCGACUUGUUCAUCGUCCAAUCUGAUGGUCGGAAGAUUCUUGACUCAAGUAAGCUAAAUGCAUUGAUUUUUCGUUUAAGAGCAGAGCUACAACAACCUCUGAGAGUGGUCAUGAUGAACCGAGGUCCAGAUACUGAACUUCUAGUCACAAACCCUGUUGAGUUAUCGGGAAAGGGACGGCCACAAGUCUUCCACGACAUAGCACUUGCCCUCAAGAAGAUCAAUACCUGCAUCUUCUCGGCUGAAAUUGGAAGACACGUGAUGGGAGAAAGAGAAUGGGAGGUGUACAAAGUGUUGAUCAACGAAGAAGAGAGCUUACCAUUCCAGAAAAGCAAGAUAGAGGAACAAGUGUGGACUACUUUAAUGGGUUGGGAGUAAAAAAAAAAUGCUUCAGACUUCAGGAUCAUCAACUAACCUCAGACUCUAUGAUUUACAUUAUGAUGCAAUGAGUGUAUGUAGUUUAAGAUGAUAUGAGCUGAUAUAUAUAUCUGAUAAACUGGGUUUGAGUAUGCUUUUUUUAUGUUGAUAAAAUAGAGAGAUUGUAAGUAGACAAAAGAAGAAUGUUGUAAAUGAGUGUGUGGUUUGAUAGGAAGAAAGAAGUUAAGCUUACGCUAAGUUUUGUUC